AUGUGUAAAAAUUCCUUCAAAUUCUUCAUGUAUCCAUGGUUUGCUAUGGGCCAUCUCACCUCUUUUAUUCAUCUCUCCAACAAACUUGCUGAAAGAGGCCAUAAAAUCUUCUUUAUCCUCCCCACAAGAACACAAUCCAAAUUGGAACAAUUCAAUCUUCAUCCUGAACAAAUCAGAUUCAUACCGAUAAUUGUUCCACACGUUGAAGGUCUCCCUUCAGGCACUGAAACAACUGCAGAUAUAUCUUUUUCAAUGAAUCCUCUUCUUCGGUAUGCCAUGGAUCUCACACAACCUGUCAUUGAAUCUUUUCUCCAAGAACUCGAACCCCAUUUUGUGUUCUUUGAUUUCGCACAUUGGCUUCCAUCCUUGACACGCCGGUUAGGCAUUAAGUCGAUUAAUUAUUUCACGAUAAGCCCUGCAGCUGCUGGAUACUUACUUCAAGAUGAGUCAUUGACAGAAGCUCCAAAAGAAUUUCCUCCAUCGUCCAUCAAGCUUUACGCACAUGAAGUGCUUGCAUUAAAUGGUGUAAACAAUGGAAAGGAAUUUGGCUGUGGAAUAACUUUUGUGCAGCGUAUACUCAUGGCUACAAAUGACUGUGAUGCCAUUGCUUUUAAAACAUGUACAGAAAUGGAAGGUCCAUACUGUGAAUUUCUAGAAAAUAAGUUCAAGAAGCCAGUCAUUCUUGCAGGGCCAGUUUUGCCAGAGCCACCAACUUCAACUCUAGAAGAAAAAUGGGCAAAAUGGUUGGAUCAAUUCAAGUCGAAAACCGUGAUUUUUUGUGCAUUUGGUAGCGAAGCUAGGCUUCGAAAGGAUCAAUUUCAAGAAAUUCUAUUGGGUUUGGAGUUUACAGGUUUCCCAUUUUUUGCUGCUCUAAAACCACCUAUUGGAACUCGAUCAAUAGAAGAGGCUUUACCAGAAGGUUUCACUGAGAGAACUCGAAAACGAGGAAUUAUUCACGAAGGUUGGAUUCAACAACAAUUGAUCUUAGGACACCCUUCAAUAGGGUGUUUUGUAACACACUGCGGGUCAGGUUCCUUAUCGGAGGCCUUGGUGAAUGAGUGCCAAUUGGUGCUAAUGCCACAUGCUGGUGAUCAAAUCAUUAAUGCAAGAUUGAUGGGAGGAGAUCUAAGAAUUGGAGUUGAAGUUGAGAAAGGACAUGAUAAUGGCUUAUUUACAAAAGAGGGUAUCGUUAAGGCAAUAAGAUCAGUUAUGGAAUAUGAUAGUGAGAUUGGAAAAGUAGUUAAAUCCAACCAUUCUAAAUGGAGGAAUUUCUUGCUGAGCAAAGGCCUUGAAGAUUCUUACAUUGAUAGCUUUGUUCACAAGUUGGGAAGCCUCGUGGAUGUUUGA